ACAUACACACACACACACACACAGAAACAUGUACACACACGCACAGAGACACAUGUACACACACAUAUAGACACAUGUAUACACACACAGGCACGUACAGACACACAUACACACAGAUACAUGUACAUACACAGAAAUAUACACACACAGACACAUGUACACACAGACACAUGUAUGUACAUGCAUACACAAACAAACACACAUGUACACACACACCACACCCCUAUAAAAAGUUGCAAUACUUCGUUGUUCACUCACAGAGCCAGGUACUGCACUCUAGGGGGAGGCAGAGAGCACAGCACGCACUCCUUCCUUUGCUUUCACUGCGCUCAGCUAUUGAGCAGUCUGAAGGCUCCCAGUGCCAAUGACAGAUCUGGCUUGAGCUCCGAGCCUGCUCAGCAAGACAGCCCUGGGGGACACACUUGCCCCCACCAUAAUUUCCACUCGCCAGCUUUCAAGGCCUGCUGUAGUCCCAUUACACUUCUUGUCUUAUGG